AUGCAAAAAAUUAAUAAGCUAGGAGGUAUUGAGAGAUGAAUUUUCAUUAAACUAUUUUUGGUAGCUUUGAUUAGACUUUCAGGCAAUAAUGGGAAUUAUUUUGAUAGAAAAUCUAUUAUUUAUAUUAAUUUAAAUAAAAUAAAUAAGGCAUGUGAUUUUGCUUGAAAAUUAAAAUUGAUUAUUCUUGAAGCUUGAUUUAGGUUAAGAUUGAUCCCAAAGCUUAAAUUAUUUUAUUAUUGUGGUUUUUUUGGGAUAAUUGCUUUUUUUUAUAAAAUUAUUGAAUUAUUUAGAUUUAGAGCAAUAAAUUAG